AUGUCAGAUUAAUCAUAAAAUAUAGAAACUUCACGUACUUUACCCUUAAAUAUUAAUAUUCUUAACUAAACUGCUGAACUUAUACUUUACAAAAUUUAAAACCUUCAAAUAAUAGGGAAAUACAAAGAUCCAAGUUCUCUGAGCUAAGAGAUCAAAUUAGCUAUAUUCGAGAUAUUUGACUUCUUGCUCUAGAAAAUUAAAGAAAAAGAUCUAUCAUGCAUUUUUCAAAUUAAGACAUUGACAGACUUGUUCAUAAAAAAAUGGAAUUUACAAGAUCCAAAGUUGCUUUAUCCGAAUAAAGCCAAAUUAUCAGAUGAGUUUAUAAGUAAAAGUUUGAUGUAUGAAGAAUUUAACAAACCCUAGUUCUAAAUAGAUAUUUAGCUGAUUAAUUAGACCAGUGCAAUUGACUUGGAGAUUUAGCAACUAUUAGAGUAUCAGUAAAAACUUGAGUCUGAAAUCAACAUUGGUUUAAUGUAUGAGAAAGGCCUGAAUUAAUUCAUAUUGGAAAAUAAAAAUGUUUCGUUAUUCUAAUCAAAUUUUGAUGAGGUAUAAACUACUUAGGAUAGUGAUAAUCAAUAAAUCAAUAACAUAAAUUAGUCAUCAAAUUAACUAAGAGCUAAGAUGGAAGACUAUUAGCAAUAAUGUGAUGAAUAUUAAUAGACUUUAAAGACAAUUAUAGAAAGUUUGAAGGACAUUAUUAAUAAAUCCAAAGCUAACCGAGAUAUCUAACACUUUAAAAAGCAACUUUUUGGGCAUGAAAUGAACCUAAAGACAAUUAUGGCUAGAUUUUUAGUCAAAACAAUCAAGCUAACAGCUAAAAAUAUAGUUGGUUAUCAUUAAAGGGUAUCUACUGAUGAGAUGGGCUAUAGCGAUGAAGAGUUAGAAGGCGGUACGUUUAAACAAACAGAAAUCUUGAAACAGACAAUGCUAGAUGCUAUUCUAGAGGAAUCAAAAGAAUCUGAGAAUUAAAAUGAUAUUAGAAGUUUUAUAUCCCCAAGAGAAAAUAGAAAUAAAAAUUUGCGAUUUUUAGAUCAAUAAAAGGCAUAAUAACCAUAUGACAUUACUUUUAUAAAAGAAGAGUUCAGGUAAAAAAUCUAAGAACUUUCUGAUCGGUUUAAACUUCCUCAGACUCAGGCAGUAAUAUCUUUCCAAUUCCUAGACCCUCAAAAGUAAACUGUUUUAUUGAGAUCUGGUUCAAGGACUAUUUAGUACUUUGAUAGAGACAAAUUUGAGCCUAAAAAACUUGUAAAUGGAGGACUAUUUCAAGUAACAAUACCAGAUUAAUUCAAGAUUUUCUACUACUCAAAUGAUAAGAUAUUUGCUUCUACUGUACACACAAAUAAGUUUCCAUUCAUUAAGGCCAAUAACGAGAUUAUAAUUCAUGACUUGACUAAGAAAAAACCUAUUGGGAAAGUAUAACUACAGAGAAGAGUAACAGCAUUAUGCCCAGCAUCAUAAGUAUAUAUGCUUGUUGGAUAAGAGAGAGGGGUUAUUUAGGUCAUUGAUACGAAUUACUCUUAGUCAGUUGUAGAGUUCCAUCUAACUAUCCAGGCCAAUAUCAGCUAAAUAGUGCCUCUUAAAGCAAAUGACUAAUUUAUAGUGGCAACUGAAUCAGGAGCGUUCUUUAUUUAAUUUAAUAGAAUACCAAGAGCAUAAGACACUAAUAUAAAAUUAAUAGAAUAACCAUUCGACAUGCUUUUGUAUCAAACUGAUAAAAAUGUGAACUGUAUCGACGAGAUAAAAUAAGACUUAUUUAUUUAUGCAACUAAAAAAUCAGCCAGUAUAAUAAUAAUAGAAAAGCAGUCCUUUUAAUCAACAAAGAUAAAUGGCUAUUACCCAGAAAGUGAUGAGUAAAUCUAAAUUUUCAAAAAGGUGCCUAAUUUUGAUUAUGAUCUAAGACCAUUCUUUGUUGUUAAGUCUAACAAAGCUCUAUAUAUAUGCAAUGUAAGGUCAAAACAAAAUAUGACUAUUCUAGCGAGCUGCUCAUAUUGGCCUUAGAUAGCUGAAAAUAAGUUUACUCCGUUAUUUAACACACUAGAAGUCAUUUUUGAUCAUCAUCAUGGAUAUGAGAUUUUGACUCUAAGUGGAGGAUUUGAUACUGAGAUUUAUUUCAGCAAAUAUACUAUUAAGAAGUCUUAUUUGGCUUUUGAGUUAGACAGAAGAGAUUAAGCUUGA